GCCCCCAACUGAUGCUAACAUCUCAACCGGUGAACAUGCACUAGCUGAGAAUCUCAAGAUGACAAGGCUGCGCUUCUGGCCCCCAAUCCUUCCAGUAAAAUUGAUAUAACGAGCGCCACAGCUCGAUGCAAAUGUGAAUCUUUUCCUGUCAUUCAACGUCCCCACUUACCAUUGAGACUUUCAGACCAUCUUAGCCGCGCGAGGUAUUCCGGAUUGUAUGCAUCAGCCAAAGACCAUGCCGUAGAAACGAGGAACUUUGCUGACUUGCGAACCCAGUGCUCCUUGACCCAAAAUGUCGUAUGUAGGCGACGACGAUGGCCAUUCAAAAGCUCCGCAAGAGGUCGUGGAGGACUUCUGGGAGAAGCUCAUCACCAAAAAGCCAACCAAAGUGACGAAUAUCUUUCCACCCAGUCUCUACGCCAACUUGCUUCCUCCUCUGCAAAAGCCAGGCCCAGCCACUGGGCAAAAUGCCGCACAAUCGUAUGAGAUAGCCGCGGAAGAAUGUCGCACCCGAGUGAAGCGAAUCGUGCGUGAAUGCCAUAGGACUAACGAAAAAUUCACCGACCCUGAAUUCGAUAUCGAGGGUGAUCGAGGAAUAAACAACUGCUUGGAGGGGCUAAUGGAUUCGUUCAAACGUGGAGAUGACGAUGACGACGAAGUAGAUCCGGAGGAGCUGGGCGAAGCGUUCAAGACCCUCGUAGCCAGCAAAAUUAUGGCCAAUACCGCUGUAGCAAUCGAUCUUGAGGCCACGGCGCGAGCGCUCAAAAGCGGAGAUAGCAAUGGUCCUCGGCGUCCUUCCACCGUUCAUCGAAUUGAUUGGAUCUUCGAUGAACCAGCAUUCACUGUGGAUGGAUACUCGAGUUCUGAUGUUCAGCAGGGUGCUAACGGAGACUGCUGGUUCAUUGCGGCUGUGGCGUCCAUAUGCAGUAACCCAACCUUGAUGGAUCGCAUCUGUGUAGAAAGGGACGAGCAAUGCGGUGUAUACGGGUUCGUCUUCUACCGUGACGGCGAGUGGAUCUGGACAGUGGUCGACGACAAUUUGUACCUCAAGAAUCCCGACUUCGAAGCCUUCGGAGAAGUUUACGAUGCGACUGGCACUCAAGAACGCAAGUGGAAGAAGAAUGAACAGACAGGAUCGGAUGCUCUAUAUUUUGCUUCCUGCGCUGAUCAAAACGAGACGUGGCUGCCACUGCUCGAAAAGGCAUAUGCCAAGGUCCACGGUGAUUAUGAUUCCAUUGCUGGAGGUAUUACGGGAGAAGCGAUAGAGGAUUUGACUGGUGGCGUGACCACAAAUGUCCUUACCAACCGCAUUCUCAGUAAAGAGCGACUAUGGAAGGAACUGCUGGGCGUCAACAAGAACUUCCUCUUCUCAGCAUCAUCACACCAUGCUUUUGGUAACGACAAAGACACCCGCAAAGGUCUCGCACUUGGACACGCUUAUUCCGUAAUCAAAGCGGUGGAAGAGGAAGAUGAGAAUGGGAAGAAGCACAGACUGGUUCAGAUUCGCAACCCUUGGGGUAAACGCAAUUGGAAGGGAAGUGGUGAAUGGAACGGGGCUUGGUCUGACGGAUCUGAAGAGUGGACUCCGUACUGGAUGAAGAAGUUGAAUCAUCGCUUCGCUGACGAUGGCCUGUUCUGGAUGUCCUUCAAUGAUUUGCAAAAGCGAUUCUACUUUCUCGACAGAACCCGCCUCUUCAACAAAGACUGGACUGUCGUUCAGAAGUGGACAAGCGUCGACGUUGCUUGGGUGACGGGAUACAUGAACACCAAAUUCAUCGUCGAGAUCAAGAAGGCCGGGCCCACUGUCUUUGUCCUUUCCCAGCUCGAUGACCGGUACUUCAAAGGCCUCGAAGGAAAGUAUAGUUUUGAUCUGCAUUUCCUUCUGCAGGAAGAAGGCGCUUCGCCGGGGGAUCACAUCGUUCGUGCGCGUGGCGCAUGGUUUGGUAACCGCAGCAUCUCCGCUGAAAUUGACUUGGGACCUGGUCGAUAUCAAGUAUUGCCGAAGAUCUCCGCUUUCAAGGACGACGCUGGUGUAGAGGUUGCCGAUGCCGUUAUGGCGCUCGCAAAUACAAACCCGCAGAAGUUGAGGCAGAUCGGUCUCAAUUACGACAUUGCAAAUGCCAGAGGAAUCGCCGCCCCAACGGAGGAAGAGAAGAAGAAGGAGGCGGCAGAGGAGGAAACGCGGAAGAAGAAAAAACUUGAGGCUGAAAAAGAGAGAGCCGAGUUCGAUGCUUGGAGAAAGGAAAAGCGCGAGCGCGAGGAGAACGAGAGAGCCGCGAAAGAAAAGAAGGAAGAGGGCACACAGGCCGGCGAAGAAAAGACGGCAGAAACCAACGUGGAAAACAAGAAAGGUCCCAGCGUUGAUAUCGACGAGGAGAAAGCAGUGGAGGCCACAAGAAAGGACGACAAUCCAGAGGGCUCGGAGUCUGACGACGAGGACGCGGAGGGAGAAUCUCAUACCGCAAAAGCUGAUAACCACGACGACCGUGACACUGAAGAUACCGACGACGAGUCGCAUGCUCAUCUUCCGUCGAAUAGCCACGCUCCCGCCGGAUUCGAGUCGUAUGAGUCGCACGGCGGUCCUGCCGGCCCUGUCAGUGAUAGUGGCAGCGAUGAGGCGGACGAGAAGCCGACUCAAGCAGACGACAAAAAACAAAGGCACUGGAAUGCCGUGUGUGUUAUGGGCUUGCGCGUCUACUCUCAAGACCCUGAAGUUAGCAUCAAGCUUGUCAAGGGCAACGAUCCAGAGGAGGGGGCCGUGUUGGACGCCGGCAGCGCGACAGCGGCCGGUGCGACGAUGUAAGAUUUUUGCAGACCGCGACGUCGCAGGUAUAGAGCAUACGCACGAUGAAGAAGGAUAUGUUACAAGUAGCUGUAU